GUUUUUGGCAUCUUCUCACAAGAAUUUGGGCAUCUGGGGUGUAAGCCGCGCUUUCCAUCCAUCGAUAAUUAGUGAUUAUAGUCGUGGUAUGAACCAUGAUCUUCGUGACCCCUGCAGGAAAACAUGAAAGUCUUUGCAACUUCUCUCAUGGACUCUGGAUUUAUGUAGCUCAAUGUGCCCACCAUGCAUGAGAUGACAUUGAAUAUACACUUUUUUUGGAUGUCAGGCAUUUGGCCAGUGAGGGUUUCCUAGAUAGCCGUGAUCGCACCUGAACAGGAUGUCCAGAGACUCCACUGUCAGUGCUUUACCAUCCCAGGGUUGGAGUUGCGAAACGUUGGAGCGUGGGAUUGUGGAAGCUGCUCGCGUGAGUGGUGUCAACCUCAAUCCGGAGAGCUUGAGUGAGGUGACCAAAUCCGUGAUGAUGGCUAUGCAGGCAAAUGGAGCCACCAAACAGAACGUCGCGGUCGUCAAGACAGAGCCUGUGUCACCGCGCAAGCAAGCUCUUACACCGCCAUCGGCCAUCAAAGCGGGGUUCAAUUCGCCGACAUUAUUUCAGCAAAUGUGUUCGCAGCAAACUAUCCCUGGUGAUAUUGGAGACUUGGCUAUCCCCCCUGUCCCUGCCCCUUCAAGUGCUACGCAUGGUGAGGGCACACCAGCUGUGCCUACUCCUCCGGUUCAUGCUACUGGUCUGCCACUUGGUCUGCCUAACGUGUCUCUACCGGCUGAGAGAAGCCAUGGGGGAUCGGGUGCAGCAAGUCCUGCCGGAAGUGCGCAGUCUCAGGCCAUAGACCAGGCCAUCCGGGCCGAGAAGCAGAAGAAUGAGGAAUUGCAGAAGCAAAUCCUGGCCCUGCAGGCUCAAAUGAGACAGCAGGCGGAGGUUAAGAAUCCUGAACCAAAACAUGUCGCAUUCGAAGCACCACCAGCACCAUCACGGGUAGAGAUACUUUUGGAGCAGGCCAUGGCACGUAUCACCUCCAUGGAGGAGAGUAUGAAGCAAUCGGAAAGCAAACCGGUUGAGUCAUUGCCAAAAUCAAACGCGAGUACUCUGGAACCUGCGCUUCCAGCCAAGCAAAACAAGCCAGAGCCAGCAGAGCCAGCAGAGCCAACUGAGCAGGAGAUGUUUGGUUCUGAUGCUGCCUCUGACACGGAUUCUGAAGAGGCGACGAUCACAACACCCAGUGGACAUACCGUGCGCAUGAGCGCAGACGCACUUCGCAUGCGGUGCCGGAGACUUUGUGAACGAAAGCCUUCAGGAAAAUACAACAUCGACGCCAAGGUUUCUGAACAGUACCGCGAAGGAGGUAGCUCAAGAGAAGUCUUAGAGAUGGCGCUACUUGAGUGCAUCGCCAAGCAUGGUGUCAUUCGAAGCGCUUACAAGAAAAUCAAGGCAGAGUUCGUGACGAAGUGCAAGCUCAUCAGAGAGCGCCUUGAAUCGAGAGAGACGGAAAAGCGUGGAAAGUGGUACACCGAGGACCAGCUCAAGAAGUCCAACCAGUUUUCAGCUGUCGCAGUUCGCAAGAUAAUUUCCUACUGCAAAAAGUUCCCUGAGUCAUUGGUGAGGCCGUGGCAGUAUAAUGAUCAGAUCAGCGAAUAUUACGUGAUCGUUGAUGACCAAACACUGCUGAAGAAAGCCGAGACAACCAUCGAAAGGGAGGAAACCCAACUUGAUGACAAGACUUCGAAGGAUGCUCCAGCCGGUUUGCCUAAGGAUCUCGUGAACAUCCCCGACCCUACACCAAGUCUAGAGGUUGUGGGAGCGCAGCCUGUGGCCGAUUUAGAAGCAUACAUGGGUUCCCUGGAAAAGAAGCAACAGUCUGUCGAGAAGAUGGUGGAUACACUUGGUGGUUCGUCUGACGAAAAUGCAAAAAAGUUGCAUGGACCCCUGCAAUCCCUGGACGAGAAGAUGAAAGCGUCCUUCGGAACCCUUGGGUCACAACUUACCGAGCUCAAGAUGGAUCACCGGGAUGGGAAGUUGGAAAGCGACCGUCUAUCGGCGCUUUUGAAAGAGAUUGCUGAAGAGAAGCAGACCGUAAAGACUUUGUGCACGUCUCUUAUCCCAUUGGAUUCUCGGUACAGGCAGUUGGUCAAGGAUUUGAACCUCGAGAAGGGCAACAAGAAGAACAAGAAGGGCAAGGGCAAGGGGAAGGCCAACAAGAAGGAGAAAACGGCUGAGACUGCUAGUGGGCCGAAAAAGACCCCGAAGUCAAAGACUUCGAAGGCCUCUAAGGGGAAACCUUCCAAGAAGGCAAAGGUGCCAAGGAAGGGGAAGAAGACCCUUGAACACCAAUCCGAGCCUUCUCAGAAGGGGCCAAAGCGUGCAAAGAAGACCACCUGAGCGUGGAUGUUGGAUUUUGAACAAGACUCCAUACAAGUUUGGUUUCUAUGUGUUUCAUCAUCUAAUGUGGGU